AAAGUAGCUUCUCUUCUUUUAAUCGGAUGCUGUUUUCUUUCUUUCCUUGGUAGAUCAAUCUAAGGUAAAACUUCAAAAGUUUAGUGCAUUGUAGAUAGUCCCCACUUUUUAAAUUUUUCCUUUUAGACUUUAUUAUUGUAUAUAUAGGCAUGAAAUGAAAUUCUUUAGGUCUCUACUUGGAUGUUUCUUAGUCCUUUCCGCAACUGUUUCGAGUCAAAAAGCAGUUAUAAUUAAGCGUCAAUGCUAUGCUAUUGUCUUUAUUUACGUUUUCUUUCUCUAUUUCUUCGGCAACACGUCAAAAAAAAGAAGAAAAACCAUUCUCUUCUACCUUGCAUAUCUUCCAAAGUUGCAGUGUGUUCUUGGAACUUUGUUUUGCUCACCGAUAUAUGUUCUUGGUACCUUUCUUUCUUUCUUUAUCGCUUUCUUGCAAUUCUGCUUUGUCAUCCUGUUUAUUAUUUGAUAGCCAGAUGUUGUUGCAAACUUGCAAGAACUCAUGUUAUUUACUGUUUUAUGAUAUAUUUUGGUGUUUCUGAAAAAAAAUGUUUGCUUGUUUGGAAUUUUUGCCAAUAGUACGCUCCAUUUGUUUAUUAAUUCAAUUUUCUGCGAUCAAUUGCUGGGUUUUUCGUUUGUUUCAGCAACCAAACUUCUGUUUUUUUUUUUUAAAAAAAAAAAUCUUGCUAAGACAUUUUUAAUGUAAUUUGAUUUUUUUAUCAUAAUAAAAUUAUAAUUCUGUUGCUUAAAUAUUUUUAUGAUGAUGAUGAAAAAGAGGAAUAUUAGAAGAAAUGAAACACAUUUUAUAGUUAGAUUUUAUUCCAUUAUGAAACCCAUUUUUAUAUGUUUAUAUUUUCAAAUUUCAUUUAUUGUAAAAUUACAUUCAAUGUUCUUAUAUACAAAAUUGGUUUUUUUUUGGUGUACAAAAAUCAUUUUUUUAAAAGUGUAAAAAAAUGGGUUUUUAACCUUUUAUUUUAUUUUUGGGUAUCCCCAUGAUGUUAUUGAUGGACAAACAUAAUUUGGGUACCUUACCCUGCAGCUUUUUGCUGACUUCGAAAUAGAAUCUCUGAAAGCACUAACUCUUUUCUAGUUUGUCUUAGACUGCCAUGUUAUUUCUUGGGGAACAAGAGACCUUGGGAAUGGGGUUGCAUUUGACAUACUAAAUAAACAAUCCAUUUUUCAGGGUAGUAAACGAAGUUUCUUCUAAUUUCAGUUUUUUUAUGACCAGAAUUGAAGAAUAAUGUAGUAAUAUUGGUCAUUCUCAUUUCCGCCUAUUUCUUCAAGCACACCAUGCAUACACUUGAAGGUCACUUGCAAAGUGAUUCCUAUCCAUAGCUGCAAGCUGCAUCAUUUUGUGAAGAUUAAUAGUUUAUUAACAAUAUGUACAUUUUAAUGCAAUCCUUAACUGUUAGUAUUAAGUUAUAUUUGUUUUUACUAGCUUGUUUUAUAUAUAAUUCCAUUACGUCAUUUGUAUCCUUUGGUGUUUAUAUUUGCAGAGUUCAUUUGUACAGUAGAGGAUUCUAUAACCCUUGGGAGCUAAGUAUAUUAAGAUUGUUUUCAUCUAUACAGCGAUUAUAGUGUUACAGUGUUACUUGUGUCAUUAAUUUACUUGAGUACAAAAGAUACAUAGGAUGGAACCCCUAAGAGAGCAGAGAAAAAAAGUAGUUGCUGACAUACCAAACGAAGGUAUAGAAACUGCUAUGAAUACUGAGUCAGCUGAAUUAGAUGAAGCAAACAGUGACAAACAAGUUUCUUGUAGUGAAGAAAUGAGAAAAUUAUCUGUUUUUACCAUAGAUGAAGAGGAUAGGGAAAAGGCUCUGCGAAUUUCUUCAGUUGGACGACCAAUCGUUUGUUUGAAGAAAAAGCUUAUUGUUCUUGAUGUAAAUGGGCUGCUUGUGGACAUAGUUUCUUCCCCUCCAAAGUAUCGCAAACCUGAUGCAACCAUAAGAAGGCGAGCAAUAUUCAAGAGGCCUUUUUAUCUUGAGUUCCUGAACUUCUGCUUAGAGAAAUUUGAAGUGGGUGUUUGGUCUUCGAGAACCAAGAAAAAUAUCGAUAGUAUCAUUGAUUAUUUGAUGGGAAACAUGAAACAAAGAUUGCUAUUUUGUUGGGAUCUUUCACAUUGUACCGAAACAAGUUUCAAAACUCUUGAAAACAAGUACAAGCCAGUUGUUUUCAAGGAUUUGAGGAAAAUUUGGGAUAAGCAUGAUUCUAAUCUUCCAUGGGAAAAGGGAUACUACAAUGAAUCAAAUACAUUGCUGUUGGAUGAUUCUCCAUACAAGGCAUUACUUAAUCCUCCAUGCAACUCGGUGUUUCCACACACAUUCAAAUUUCAGAGCCAGAGCGACAAAUCACUAGGUGCUGGAGGUGAUCUGCGACAAUAUUUGGAUGGAUUGGCAAAUGCUGAAAAUAUGGUGAAGUAUGUUGAACAGCACCCAUUCGGUCAAGAAGGUAUCAAUGAAAAAAGUCAAUGUUGGAACUUCUACCUCAAAGUUCUCGAUAGUCUUUCUACCUGUUAACCUGAAAAGUGGAAAUAGUGUGUCUCUCGACAUGGAUAACAAUGUUUACUGCUAGCUAAACGAGAUAGUGUUUUUCCAAAGAGAUAGAGACAUAAAAGGCGUUUCCUUUUGUUUUUCUCAUCAAUAAUACAUCAAUUUUAUUUUUGUUUUUUGCAUUUUUGAACCUUCUUUGAGUAUAUUGCAAAACUAUUAUAACAGCAAGCUGGCUAUUGGAAGGAAUAUAAGAGGGUGAGACCUCAAAAUUGAAGUAUUGUUUAUCAUUGAA